CCGCCAUUUCAUGCUUUCUCUCCUCGGCGGAGACGUGCAGCAGAACCGAACCACUCGCUCCUCUCACACCGCCUCUGAGGCUGCCGCAGCGGCGCAGCAUGAGCUACGGCAGGGCGCCGCCGGACGUGGAGGGCAUGACGUCACUGAAGGUGGACAACCUGACGUACCGCACGUCCCCGGAGACUCUGCGCCGGGUGUUCGAGAAGUACGGCCGCGUCGGCGACGUGUAUCCCCGGGACCGCUACACGAAGGAGAGCCGCGGGUUCGCCUUCGUGCGCUUCCUGGACAAGCGCGACGCGGAGGACGCGAUGGACGCCAUGGACGGCGCGCUGCUGGACGGACGCGAGCUGCGCGUCCAGAUGGCGCGUUACGGGAGGCCGCCGGACUCCAUGUACAGCAGGAGAGGCGCGCCCCCGCGGAGACACGGGGGGGGGGAGGGAGGAGGUGAGGGGGGGGGCCGCUCAGCCAGCCCUCGUCGCCGCAGACGGAGCCGCAGCCGCUCCAGGAGCAGAAGCCGGUCCCGAUCCAGGAGCCGCCACCACUACAGCCGCUCCAGGUCUCACUCCGAUUCCAGGUCCAGGUCACGAUCCAAGUCCAAGUCUAAAUCCAAGUCCAAGUCCAGGACCCCCAGACGGAGCAAGACAAAGUCUCCCUCCAGGUCUCGGUCCUCCAAGUCCAAGUCAAGAAGUAGAACCCCGCCUUCCAACAGAGGGUCCAAAUCCAGGUCCCGCUCCAAAUCCAAGAGUAGGCCUAAAUCUCCAGAAGACAACGGAGCAGAGAGUUAAUCCAGACUUGGACACAACAUGACGAUCUCAGAGGAUUGAGCCUUUGCUGAGGACAUCAGGACGAGUCUCACAUUGAGCAAGUGGACUCCUCUAUUACCACUGAAUGCAGACUGAAAGGUUAUUGGAGCUUGGUCUAAAAUGUUUUAAAUUUGACUUAAUUCACCUUAAUCAAAUGAUGUAACUUUGGUUUGAUCAUUGUUUAUAAAGUUGAGCAUUUAGAAAGGGAUUUUUUUUUUCUCAUUUAAAUUGUGUUUUGUUUUUUUAUUACAAUUGUACUUUUUUUGGAAAUUAAUAUAAAUUUAUUUUUAAUGAAAUCCCUUGUUUAACACACUUUCUAGAUUCUUAUGAAAGAGUUGUAUUUGCAGGGUGUCCUGUUGGAUGUUCAAAACCUUUACAGCUAUGUUUUACCACUCUUUGGCUUACUGUAAAGGCAAAACAUCAAAGUAUCGCUGUGCCACUUAAUGUUGUGACUCGCUAUUUAAGCAGCAUACGUUUUCCUUUCUGUACAAUCUCUAUUUUCUGUCUGGUUAAAGUUGCUUUCCUAUGACUCUAACCCUCUUUCUUGUGUAUCUUUUGUGCACUAGGCGCAGUUGUGUAGCAGUUGAGUAAUGCUGGUUAGCUGUUAAGAUGCGGUGCAGUGCGGUGGUGACAUGGUGUGGCGUGUUGCGGUGCUGAGUGCCCGGCGCUGUUCCGGGGCUCGACCCUCCGCUGCCGUUUGCCGGUUUGUAAGCUCACAGGUGUGGCAGAUCAUCCAUCCUCUUCCUGUCUUGUGACCUCUCCUUCCCUCCAUGUGCUGUACAGAUUCUCUCCUCCUUCCUUUUUUCUCUUUACUCUCCCUCCUCUCCCCCCCUCCCCCCUCUGUGGUUUAUCCACUGUUAUAACUGGUUCUGCUCUGCUCGCUUCUUUUUUUUAAUUGGGUCCAGUGUGACUCCUAGUGAAGGGUUUAAAGGGCAGUCCAGGCUGCUUAAUGAAUGAUUUUCUUUUUGUGUGUUUCAUUCCCCUGUGAACCUCUCAAACGUCUUGUAAUUGCUUCAGGUGAAUGCUAAUAAACAUCUUUGUU